AUGGAAACAAAUGAAGAGAAAAUUGAGCAAGUUCCUACAGGUGUAGCCAUAAAGAAAAUCGAACAAGAUCCAUCAAAUUCUAGGAUGACAGAUAUUUUUUAUCCAGGAAAUCAUGAAGCUGAGAUGUGCUAUGGAGGAGAAGCUGAUCUACACAAACAUGUUACUGGCUGUAAGAAGAAUCCAGGUCACAAAGGUUUUAUACCUCUUAAAGAUUUCAACGCAAGUUAUCUCCCCUCACGUUACCAUGACGACAAGCUCAUGUCUGAGACAAUCAAAACAUUGGCAGCCCUAACUGUCCAGGUAAAGACUAAAUUCACCAGUCCAGAGAGACCAGAGUUUUACCCAGGCACUCAAAUUCCAUAUCCAUGUUAUAAAGACAGAGGAAGUCACGUGAUGAGGUUAGGGACGGGGAGGGUAUGGCGUGUGGAUAAGUACAGAGAGAGUGACAGAACUUGUCCUUGGCAUUGUGUCGAAUUUCAAGUCUCUGCUACACCCAGCAAAGUGUGGGGGAAGGUGUCUGUAGGACAAUGGACACACAGACGUGAGAGGGAUGGCAGGUACUCCAGGUACACCAGGUACUGGUACACAACAUGUACAUGUCCAGGCUCCAGUGGAGCGUUUGUCUACAGGCUGGGAUAUGACGGGUUGUUGUAUCAACAUCCCCACAGUGGAUCAAACUCUGAAGGAAAUUAUAGUGGGGAGAUGUGA